UCUCUCUCUCUCAUAUACAUACAAGAUAUAACAGUUAUACAUAUACACACGCAUAUCUUAUGAGUACACAGGAAUCACAAAUUUCUGCAAUGGAUAACAGGAUAAUUAGCGGAGAAGAUGCAUAUACGAGCCCUAGCUUCAACAGCUAUUCAUCCGAUCGAUUGGCCGAAAUCGCCGUGCAAAUCGCCGCGGAGAAGAUCGGAGACGACGAGGAUUUCGAAUUCUCUCUGGUGCGCGACGAUAAUGAGCUAUCGGCGGAGGAUUUCGUCUACGACGGCCAGCUCGGCCCGAUUUUUCCAGUUUUCAACCGCGAUCUGCUGCUGAGCGACGAUCGGCGCGAUUCGAGUGUUCAGGUUCCUCUAAGUCAGCUCCUCCUCGAAGAUCGCCGAGGCGGAGACGGUGAUCCGCCGUCGUGCUCUUCGUCGGAGGCCGACGAGCUGGAGAGCGUCCCCGCCGGCACGUACUGCGUCUGGCGGCCGAAGGCGUGCGAUCUGGCGUCGCCGAGCCGGUGUAAGAAGAGCAAAUCCACCGGAUCGGCGUCGAAGCGGUGGAAGUUUCGCGAUUUGAUGCGGCGGAGCAAUAGCGACGGGAAGGACAGUUUGGUCUUUUUGACGCCGAAGAGCAGGGAGGAGAAAUUGCCGGCGGAAUUUCCGAAAAAAUUGAAAGGAAAAGGAGGCAGCGGCUCAGGCUCAGGCUCAGGUUCGACCUCCGGCGCGGCGGCGCGUUCGGCGCACGAGGCUCUGUAUGUGAGAAACAGAGCGAUGAACGAAGUUGAUAGGAAGAAAUCGUAUCUGCCUUACCGGCAAGAUCUCGUUGGAUUCUUCAUAAACGUCAAUGCUCUGGGUAAAGGUUUGCCACACUUCUAGAAGAAUAAUAAAAUCGUGUUUUUACCAUUUUUUCUAAUAGUAUAAUGUAUAUUUAAUUAUAAAAUCAACUGUAUAGUGUAUUAUUUUAUCUUUAAACUGUUUUGGAUUUGUAUUAUUAUAUCCCUAAAUUAUGCAAAUUGUGAAUAAAAUAUUACCGUUUGAGA